CUUAAUGCAACGGGAAGAGGGAGAGCAGGGCAGCACUCAGCGUGUAACACAGCAGCAGCACCUCCGCCUCCUCUCCAUAGGCUCCCAGUAACCAGGCGUGCGGGACACCCUGCUGAGCGCUGCUACAGCCCACCUACCUCACACACUGCCAGCAGCUGCAGCACCACCAGGAUCCUGCCCGCUCCCCCACACUGUCCCUGGCUGUCUGCAUGAGUGUCCGGCUGCCCUGAGACUGAGCGCGGUGUGUGCAGUAGAGCAGGUACCGGGACAGCACGGCCAGAGCGCAGCAGAAGAUGCACACGACCCAGAAGGACACCACCUACACCAAGAUCUUCGUGGGGGGGCUUCCCUAUCACACCACGGACUCCAGCCUCAGGAAGUACUUCGAGGUGUUCGGGGACAUAGAGGAGGCGGUGGUGAUCACGGACAGGCAGACCGGCAAGUCCAGAGGUUAUGGCUUUGUUACCAUGGCUGACCGGGCUGCUGCAGAAAGAGCGUGUAAAGAUCCUAAUCCAAUCAUUGAUGGAAGGAAAGCCAACGUGAAUCUUGCAUACCUUGGAGCAAAGCCCCGCAUAAUGCAGCCAGGUUUUGCAUUUGGGGUACAGCAGAUUCACCCAGCACUAAUACAAAGGCCUUUUGGGAUUCCUGCACACUAUGUGUACCCACAUGCUUUUGUGCAACCAGGAGUCGUAAUUCCACAUGUCCAACCUACGGCUGCUGCAUCUACAAGUCCAUAUAUUGACUACACUGGUGCCGCUUACGCCCAGUACUCUGCUGCUGCUGCCGCAGCCGCUGCUGCCUAUGAUCAAUACCCAUAUGCGGCUUCCCCAGCUGCAACAGGAUAUGUCACCGCUGCUGGUUAUGGCUACGCAGUUCAGCAGCCACUCACUGCUGCAGCUCCAGGAACCGCUGCAGCAGCUGCCGCUGCGUUUGGUCAAUACCAGCCUCAACAGCUGCAGGCUGACCGCAUGCAGUAGGACAUUGUUUUGACGUUCUCAACCAUAUCUACUUAUUUCUUUUUCAGCCUUCCAGUUUCUAUAUACGAGACUUAACAAACUAGGCUAAAUGGCUUUAAGGAGAAACAAACUGCUUCUUGGGGAAGAAAAUGACACUAUUCCAGCUCCUAUAUGUAUUAUGCAUCCACUUACAGUGUUUCAGGCAUUAAGGAACUACUGUGGUUAGUUUUCUUGGGUGAGUGGUCAGAACUCAUGUUCAGAAUCUAUUUUUACAUCAGGGAAAGAAACUGCCUUUUCUAAUCUGAGAGAACUUUAUUCCUCUUCUUUUUUACAAAAAUGUUUAAACCAGGGAAAUAUCAAUCAGCAAUAUGUAGCUUGUACAAAGUAAGAUGUUCAAAGCACAAACGGUCAUGUAUUCUCCACCUGGGCUAUGGCAGUUUGUAUUGGUGAGAAACAUGCAGUUAACAUUGACGUUUUGGAGGCACAUGGCCUACUGGUCACAUGAUGAUGGAUAGGCACCAAAGCUAUUUUCUCAUCUGUCCUUUAUAUAAGUGUAACUAUGGAGCAAGUGAUGUGGAAUUAACGGGUGCAACAGCUGUACAGACAACCAAUAACACAGACUAUUCUGGAGAGAACCCAUCAUUUGUGCUCAUUUGAUGAGCUUGUCACAUUCUAAUCCCUCUGCCCAUCCUGUUUCGCUUUUGGAAAUCUAACUGCUGGUGUCAGCUAUUCCGAUUCUGAAAUAGGAUCAGUCCCUUACUACCACAGUCUUCUAUUUUAUUACACCUAUUCAGAGAUCAUGAAUAACAUCAGGAAGAUACUUGCAAAAGUUAACCCUUUAAGGAUUUUUUUUUUUCCUUCAAAAUAUCAUUUGGCCCCUUAUUCUGGAUUUUAGGGGGCUACUUUUAUUUUUAUUUCCCCCUUCCUUUCAAAGUAUUUAUCAAUUUCGGUACAAUCUGAGUUGCAGUUCUUUAAGGGUUAACAAAUAUGGUUUGUACUGUGCCUUAACUGUAACAUUUAUUGAAAGAAAGCUAUUUAUUUAUUUUGAAAGUUUUACUAUGAUGCGCUCUAAAGAAGGGAACUUUAGAUGCGUCUAAUGUAUUCAUCUCAUGGUAUAAAUUAUUUAAGUAAGUUUAGAUGUAGAAAAUAUUAAUCUAGUCAACGGAAAUGUUGAUUUGGAUUUAUUUAAAUUCUGAAUGUGCACUGUGUAAUAUUCCUACUUUAACACUUCUGGAUUUUUACAUGACAGUAGUAGAUUAUCUGCGAUAUAGACUUAUUAUUUUUUUUUAUUUUAUUUUUUUCCCCUUAUGAAUAUCUCUAAGCAGUAUACUAUACAUUUCAUUUGUACGUAGGAUAUUCAUUUUUUUUCUUUUUGCCUUUACUAGAAAAGUGCUGCUUUAUACAAUGACUUGUAAAACUGCAAUACUAGGCAAUUUUUAUUCUUGACUUAAACAUGAAUAUUUUACACUGUAAUGGGUUUUUAUACUUGAACAAUUUCAUACAAGGGAAGAAAAGACAGCAUUUUUAUGGACAUUUGUCUAAAUGUCACUGGAUUUCAGAAAUACUAGCCAGUGUUAUGUAAUUGUAGACAAGAAUCUCCAUGCAUAUUAUUUAUUCAUUAUAUGUUGCUUUAUAACGGUUAAUAUCUAUUAAUUUCACUUGUAUUUAAAUACAAUAAAAAAAUUCUUAUUGCA